AUGGAGGCCCAGUGUCCCACUGUCCUGCGUGUCCAUUCUGGAUCCACCAAUCAGAGGCUCCUCCAAUUUUGCCCUCUCCAGCCUUCUUUUUCUGGCCUGCCCCGUGUCCUCCUCUCCUCUCCGGGCCUCACCAGGCUCAUGGCUCUCAUCGUGAAGUGCACUAUUCGUGUCGUCGGCCCUCCGAAUGGCGGUGUCCAGUAUGAGACGAUAUCAGUCAUCAAAGACGGCAGUGCUGUCCUGCGAGACAUGGCCUUCUCACUGGACCGCAGCUACCUCUAUGUUAUGUCUGAGAGACAGGUGACCCAGGUUCCCAUCGAGUCGUGUGAGCAGUACGGGACGUGUGGCGAGUGCCUGAGCUCCGGAGAUCCCCACUGUGGCUGGUGCGUCCUUCACAACAUGUGCUCCCAGAGGAACCGGUGCGAGCGCGCCGACGAGCCGUACCGCUUUGCAGCCUCCCUCAACCAGUGUGUGAAGGCCACCGUGUACCCAGACAGCAUCGCCGUGUCAGAACCCAGUGUACCUCUGCUGGUGAAAGUGAACGAUGUUCCAGAUCUUUCCGCGGGCAUCACCUGCUCUUUUGGCAACUUAACAGAGGUGGAGGGAAAGGUCAGCGGUAACCAGAUACUCUGUGUGUCUCCUGCAGCCAAGGAUGUCCCGCUCAUCCCCACUGACCAAGACUGGUCAGGUGUGGAGUUGAGGCUCAAUUCUAAGGAAACAGGCCAAAUGCUGAUCAGCACAGAAGUCAGAUUCUACAACUGUAGCGUCCACCAAUUGUGUCUCUCAUGCGUGAACAGCGCCUUCCGCUGCCACUGGUGCAAGUACCGCAACUUGUGUACCCAUGACCCCUCCAGCUGUUCCUUCCAGGAGGGGCGAGUCAAUGCCUCAGAGGAUUGCCCCCAGCUGGUGCGCUCUGAGGAGAUCCUCAUCCCCGCAGGAGAAGUGAAGCCGAUCACCCUGAAGGCCAGGAACCUGCCCCAGCCCCAGUCUGGUCAGCGAGGAUACGAGUGCGUCCUUCACAUCCAGGGCAUCAGCCAUCGAGUCACUGCGCUGCGCUUCAACAGCUCUAGCGUCCAGUGCCAGAAUAGUUCGUAUCUGUAUGAGGGCAUGAAAAUCAGUGAACUGCCAGUUGAUUUCUCAGUGGUGUGGAACGGCAACUUCAUUAUUGAUAACCCGGAGAAUAUCCAAGUUCACCUGUACAAGUGUGCAGCCCAGCGGGACAGUUGCGGCAUGUGUCUCAAGGCGCAGAGGAAGUUCCAGUGUGGCUGGUGCAGCAGCGAGGGCAGGUGUACCCUGCGGCACCACUGCCCGCCCAUCAGUCCUCACACCACCCGGUGGCUGGACCUGUCCAGCAAGAAUGUCAAGUGCACCAAUCCACGCAUCACUGAGGUGACCCCAGUGGCGGGGCCUCCGGAGGGAGGGACCCGGGUGACCAUCCAUGGCAUGAAUCUUGGCCUGGCUUUUGCUGACAUGGUGGACAACGUUGAGGUGGCAGGGGUGAGGUGCACCCCUGUAGAGGAUGGCUACAUCAUCGCCGAGCAGAUUGUGUGUGAAAUGGAUGCAGCUCCUGCAGACAGCAAGCCUGGCCCGGUCCAACUGUGCGUGGGAGAGUGCAGACCAGAACUCAAGACUCGCUCCUCACAACUCUACUCUUUUGUGAUGCCGUCAGUCACGGGCCUAUCCCCUAGCAGAGGUCCGGAGUCUGGGGGUACCAAAGUUACCAUCAUGGGAGAGAACCUGGGAGCCGGCAGCAGUGUCAGCGUCCAGUUUGGAAACCAGACAUGCGAAUUCUACGGACGGACCAUGACGGAGAUAGUGUGCUACUCUGCCCCCUCCCUGUCGGGCGUUGGCCGAGUGCAGAUCAGUGUGAGUGUGGACCGUGCCCAGGUCAGGGAGAGCUUGGUCUUCGAGUAUAUAGAAGAUCCCACUGUCCAGCGCAUUGACCCAGAAUGGAGCAUCGCCAGUGGACACACCCCUUUGAUGGUGACAGGGACCAACCUGGACGUGGUUCAGGAACCCAGGAUCCGGGUGAAGUAUGCCGGGCGUGAGACUGUCAAUGUGUGUAAAGUGCUGAACACAACCAGUAUGGCUUGUCUCGCUCCCUCCCUGAUGGCGGAGUACCAUCCGGGGUUGGACGCGGUCAAGCACGCCGACGAGUUCGGCUUCAUCUUCAACAACGUGCAGGCACUUCUGGUCUACAACAACACCAACUUCGUCUACUACCCCAACCCUUACUUUGAGCCUCUGAGCACCAACGGUGUCCUGGAACAGAAACCAGGCUCACCCAUCAUUCUCAAGGGUAGAAACCUGGUUCCCCCAGCAUCAGGAGGAGUGAAGCUCAACUACACCGUGCUGAUUGGGGAGACACCCUGCUCCGUCACCGUGUCUGAGAGCCAGCUGCUGUGUGAGCCCCCCAACCUCACCGGACAGUACAAAGUCAUGGUGCAGGUAGGUGGUCUCCACGUCUCUCCAGGGGCAGUCCACAUCCUGUCCGACAGCCUGCUGACCCUGCCGGCCAUCGUCAGCAUCGCCGCUGGUGGAGGCCUCCUCCUCAUCAUCGUCAUCCUCGUACUUAUCGCCUACAAGCGCAAGUCACGUGAGAACGACCUCACCCUCAAGCGACUGCAGAUGCAAAUGGACAACCUGGAGUCGCGGGUCGCUCUUGAGUGCAAGGAAGCCUUUGCCGAGCUGCAGACAGACAUCAACGAGUUGACCAGUGACCUGGACAGAGCUGGAAUUCCUCACCUGGACUACAGGACCUACGCCAUGAGGGUGCUCUUCCCCGGCAUCGAGGAUCACCCUGUGCUCAGAGAACUGGAGGUGUCGGGAAAUGGACAGCUGAAUGUAGAGAAGGCCCUGAAGCUGUUCGGCCAGCUCAUCAACAACAAGGUCUUCCUCCUCACCUUCAUCCGAACGCUGGAGAUGCAGCGCUCCUUCUCCAUGAGGGACCGCGGUAAUGUGGCUUCACUCAUCAUGACGGCCCUGCAGGGGAGACUGGAGUAUGCUACCGAUGUCCUCAAGCACCUGCUUUCGGACCUCAUCGAUCGCAACCUGGAGAGCAAGAAUCACCCCAAACUGCUGCUGCGCAGGACGGAGUCGGUUGCAGAGAAGAUGCUGACUAACUGGUUUGCCUUCCUUCUUCACAAAUUCUUAAAGGAGUGUGCUGGGGAGCCUCUGUUCAUGCUGUACUGUGCCAUCAAGCAGCAGAUGGAGAAGGGGCCCAUUGACGCCAUCACCGGUGAAGCCCGCUACUCCUUGAGUGAGGACAAGCUGAUCCGCCAGCAGAUAGAGUACAAAACCCUGAUCCUGAACUGCGUGAACCCGGACAAUGAGAAUAGUCCAGAGAUCCCUGUUAAGGUGUUGAACUGUGACACUAUUACACAGGUAAAGGAGAAGAUAUUGGAUGCUGUGUACAAGAACAUGCCCUACUCCCAGCGGCCCCGCGCUGUUGACAUGGACCUGGAGUGGCGUCAGGGGCGCAUGGCCCGUGUAGUGCUGCAGGAUGAAGACAUCACCACCAAGAUAGAGAACGACUGGAAAAGACUCAACACACUCAUGCACUACCAGGUGUCUGACCGCUGUGUGGUGGCCCUGGUGCCCAAACAGACCUCGUCGUACAACAUCCCUCCCUCAGCCAGCAUAUCGCGCACCUCCAUCAGCAGAUACGACUCUUCGUUCCGCUACACAGGAAGUCCUGACAGCCUCCGCUCGCGUGCCCCCAUGAUUACCCCAGAUCUGGAGAGCGGGGUAAAGGUGUGGCACCUGGUGAAGAAUCACGAGCACGGAGACCAGAAGGAGGGCGAUCGAGGCAGUAAGAUGGUCUCUGAGAUCUACCUGACCAGGCUGCUUGCUACCAAGGGUACGUUACAGAAGUUUGUAGAUGACCUGUUCGAGACGUUGUUCAGCACGGUCCACAGGGGGAGCGCUCUUCCUCUGGCAAUCAAGUACAUGUUUGACUUCCUGGAUGAGCAGGCAGACAAACACGGCAUCCAUGACACAGACGUGCGGCACACAUGGAAGAGCAAUUGCCUUCCUUUGCGUUUCUGGGUGAACGUGAUCAAGAACCCCCAGUUUGUGUUCGACAUUCAUAAGAGCAGCAUCACGGACGCCUGUCUGUCUGUGGUGGCCCAGACCUUCAUGGAUUCUUGCUCCACCUCGGAGCACCGCCUGGGCAAAGACUCCCCAUCCAAUAAGCUGCUCUACGCUAAAGAUAUACCCAACUACAAGAGCUGGGUGGAGAGGUACUACGCUGACAUCAACCGUCUGCCUGCCAUUAGUGACCAGGACAUGAAUGCCUACUUGGCAGAACAGGCCAGGCUCCACUCCACGGAAUUUAACAUGCUCAGCGCCCUCAAUGAGAUCUACUCCUAUGUCAGCAAGUACAGCGAGGAGAUUACGGCGGCCCUGGAGCAAGAUGACCAGGCCAAAAAGCAGAGGCUGGCCUACAAGGUGGAGCAGCUCAUUGCAGCCAUGUCGCUGGAGAGCUGAGAGCGACCCCCUGGAGAAGGAUGAAAGAGAAGGAGAGGGGACCACAUCCACUAUAGGACAAAACCCAUCUGUCCCACUGUACUUACCUCUCACCGUGGCCUCGGACCACGGACCAGACGCGGGACCUGUAUAUCCACAGACAAACAGACCUACUACAAGCUUAAGUUUUUAAUCCGCCCUCCUCCUGCUGUAAUAGCACCAGCUCUCCCAGGAUCUUUCAGUGUCCUAGAGACUGGACUAUAGACCUGGGACUUAGAGCUGGUGAGGUCAUAAGGACGGGACUUUGACCCUGCACAUGCAGGCAACAACAUGGCUUCUAGUUUGCUUUUAUUGUUUCCAAAGGACACAUUCUUUGGGGUUUGAUAGAAAGAUGGGUGUGCAUGUGCAGCGGGGAUGUGUGGUACUGAAGAACCCUGCCGAGAGACUUUAGGAGCAAAGGGGAGACGGAAAAAGCAUAUUUAUUCUUUAUUCUGUAUGAAAACCACAUCCAAGACUGAGAGACACAUAUAAAGAGAGAAGGAAAGACGAGCUUCCCGUGUUUGACAGCGGAGAUAUCAUGGCUGAGUUUGCUUUUUUUCUUUCCAAAAUUUUAUUUUUGUAUGUGUACAUUUGAAUCUUAUCAGUUGCAGUCGAAACAUCCUCCCAGAAACCUCAUUUGUAUAGAGACAUUGGUAGUGUGUGACACCGUGUUGGGGGUUGUGUGCUGAUAAAGGAGGCAUGCUCCAUGUCUUCCCUCACUCCGUCCCGUCCUCAGACAUGGUCACAGACUGACGCUUCACGUGAAAUGGCUAAAACUUUGGUUCUUUACCCAAGCAGAAAUGUACAGGAAAUCACAACCAUGUGUCAUAGACUGACAACCAAUGGGACUCAACCUCCUGCAGUUCCAAGUUCAACCAGCAUGCUUGCACCGCAACUGAGGAUGAUGGUGAUGGAGUCUAAAGUGUGUAGAUAGGCUUUCACCUUGAACCAGAAUCACAAUGGCAUCCCAGACUUUCCACGACAGUUAGGUUAUGUGUGUGUGUGUGUGUACCGGCUGAUACUUGUCAAUCAGUGUAUGUGAAUGUACAAAUAUUUUGUUUGUUUGUUUGUGUGACUGGGUUUUGCAGAAACAGGGUUCAGUUGAACUGAGCUCUGUAGAUAGUUACGUUAGGUUUGACGAGUGAAUACGUCCGUUCUUCUCAUCCUGGCCCCAGUCCGUCCAACUCCCAACCAAGCAUUAUUUAAUCCGUCACCGAGUCACUAUUUACAGUCGGGGAGUGUGUACAGUUUGUACGGCGGAGGUCACUAGUGUGACUCGGUUGCUCCUAUGGACAAAUACGAGUUACUGAAAGCUAAACAAGAUUCCUGCCUGAAAGGACAAAUGCCGUUGGUGGCUGUAGGCUGAAACUCCCCAUUAUAUAUCCACUGUUUAUAUCUCUUUUAUUGGCUUGAUCAAAUACAUGUGUAUUUUGCAUGCAUGGUAUCGCACAUCAGAAGUGUUACAAGGGUUCACCUUUGUUUUUUCAAGUGCCAAUGAGUCACGCCAGCGCCAGUUGGCCGGUUGAGAUCCUACCUGAUGGGAGUUCCCUAUCCGACAACCACAAAUGUCUUCACACAGUCAGAGAGAGUCCUGUGUGGGCCUAGUUUGACUAUGUGCCAAAAGAUCCUGUCAUUCUAAAUUAUUAACUGACGUGUCAAAAUCGGUUUAUGCUUUACAGAGGGAGGCAAAACGCCUCGAACUGAAGUGGGAAAUUUGUCGAGGCUAAAGCUCACACUUUAACCCGAACGAAUCGCAAACUCAAGAAAGGUACGAGACAUACACAGACCCUGGAGGAGACGAGCUGUGCUCAGCAGUA